UAUUCAUGAGACGGCAAAGAAUGGCUGGCAGGUAGGUCAGAGCCAGUCUAGGAAGAGAGAGGUUUGAAGUUUACUUCUUGAAGACGGACAGCCGAAAUGGACGUGGAAAAUACGUCACGUCUCCAUUAUGGGGACAUUUUGGUGAUCGUCGCUUACUUCGUCAUUGUUAUUGGAGUCGGAAUUCUCUCAUCAUGCCGGAACAGAGGCACCGUGGGAGGAUACUUUUUGGCGGGAAGGAGCAUGCACUGGAUCCCGAUUGGGGCGUCGUUAUUCGCCAGCAACAUCGGCAGCGGUCACUUCGUGGGUCUGGCAGGAUCCGGAGCUGCAAGCGGCAUCGGCAUAGCAGCGUUUGAACUCAACGCCAUCUUCAUCCUGAUGAUUCUCGGGUGGAUCUUCGUCCCCGUCUAUGUCGCUGCUGGGGUAUUCACCAUGCCAGAAUACCUCCGGAAGCGUUUUGGGGGUCAAAGGAUCAGAAUCUACCUGGCCGUUCUUGCCUUGAUCCUGUAUGUCUUCACGAAGAUCUCUGCCGACUUGUACUCCGGCGCCAUCUUCCUGACACAGGCCUUGCCGGAGCUGAACCUGUAUGUGGCUGUCAUCAUCCUGCUCGUCAUAGCCGCUCUCUUUACCAUUGGAGGUGGUCUGACUGCUGUGAUCUGGACUGACUUCAUCCAAACAAUCAUCAUGGUCAUUGGUGCCUUUAUCCUCAUGGUGAUGAGUUUUAUUGAGAUUGGAGGCUAUGAAAGAGUUAUCAAGGAAUUCUUCGAAGCGUGGCCCAAUACAACGAAAGUCCACUACGGCGUUAAAAACGACAACUACAGCUACACCAAGUGUGGCUUACCUCCAACCAACUCCAUGCAUCUCAUCAGAUCCCCAGAAGAUCCUGGUCUUCCCUGGCCUGGAAUCAUGUUCGGCCUCACCAUCUCCUCCAUCUGGUACUGGUGCUCUGACCAGGUUAUUGUACAGAGGGCUCUGGCUGCCAAGAACAUCUCCAACGCCAAGGCCGGCGCCAUCCUUGCUGGUUACCUCAAGUUCCUCCCCAUGUUCCUAAUCGUCUUCCCAGGGAUGAUCUCCAGAAUACUGUUCCCCGAUAGAGUAGCCUGUGCCGAUCCAGAAGUGUGUUUCAAGGUGUGCGGAAGUCGUUCUGGCUGCACCAACAUCGCCUACCCGACUCUGGUGCUGGAACUGAUGCCCCCGGGACUCCGAGGUCUCAUGCUGGCGGUGAUGAUGUCCGCCCUCAUCUCCUCCCUCACCUCCAUCUUCAACAGCAGCUCCACCCUCUUCACCAUGGACAUCUGGCGAAGAAUUAGGAAACAAGCUUCUGAUGUGGAGCUCAUGAUUGUUGGCAGAGUGUGUGUCCUCAUCCUUGUUGGUGUCAGUAUUGCCUGGAUCCCCAUCGUCCAGAACAUCAGUGAGCUGUUCCACUACAUCCAGGGAAUCACCAGCUUCCUUGCUCCUCCUGUCUGUGCCGUCUACCUGCUCGCCGUCUUCUGGAAACGCACCAAUGAAGUCGGUGCUUUCUGGGGCCUGAUGGUCGGACUCGUCACUGGGCUGAUCCGCUUUGCCUGGGAGUAUUCGUAUUCUCCCACCCCCUGCGGUGAAACCUCAGACAACCCCAUGCCUGACAUCCUCUCCAAAGUCCACUACCUCCAUUUCGGGUGUAUCCUGUUCCUCAUCGUCACCAUUGUCACCAUCAUCAUCAGUCUGCUCACAAAAUCAAUUGAUGACAUCCACUUGGUUCGGCUGACAUUCUGGAACCGCUUUGAAACUGGGCCACGUGUCGACAUCGACGAGGCGCAAAUAGCCCAGGAGGAGAAGGAGAAACAAGAAGCCUUGGCUGCGGCGCCAAUAGUGGAUUACGGCAGUCUACCAUGGUACAAGAAAGCGGGGCAAUGGAUCUGUGGCAUCGAGAAGAUGAACCAACAACAGGAGCUCACCCCAGAGCAGAAGGCAGCUUUGGAGGCCAAACAAACGUCCAUCUACGAGGGGAAGACAUGGAGAAGAGUCCUCAAUUUCAACGCUAUCCUACUGAUGACUGUAGCCACCUUCAUGUGGGGCUUCUAUGCUUAAAGGACAGACGAAACAUUGAUCACCUACCUGGGACUAGCAAAUCAUUGAAACGUUGACACUGUAGUCAGAAUUGAAAUGGCAAUGAAAUAUUUUACUCAUAUAGUUGUGUCAGUAGAUUGAGUAACAUAUAUGUUCCGUAACAGAAUAUUUUUAGACGUUCUGCUAUGUAGGAGCUUACCAGUCUAAAUGCACCUGCAUCUAGCCGUCAUAUACCAUACUAACUCAACCACACCGAAGUGUCAUACAUUUCCGCUCUAUAGUUAAGUUCAUACAUCAUUUGUUUCACGAUUAUGACAAGUUAUUGCUGUAAUACUCUGAGAGUAACAAAGGAAUUGGGUAAUAUUUUUUGGCAAAUAGCAUCAUACUGUUUCACUAUGUUAUAAUCAGGGUAAAAGAAAACAAUUAGAUAGUGUAUUCUUAUGUCAUCCAUACAUUCACUGGUAAAUUUAGAAUUUUUAAAUUAUAGCAGACGCUCUUGUGAAAUAUUAUAUCACUAAGACGUCCAAAAAGAAGUUCCAACAAUGCCCUAGCCAUCGACCGGCCCUUUACCCCGCGUAACGAACACAACUAUUACUCAAAGAAAUAUAAUCGUUUGUCAAAAUUAUUCAGUUGAAAGAAAAUUGAAAUUUGGUGCUCAGCAAAAAGUCCCAUUUUAGUUUGAACUAUCGCUGCUAUUAAUCAAGAUGCAUUUGAAUCAAUGAUUUAAUGUUAUGACCAUCUGGAUGUUUCUCUCUGGCAUAAUAUGUAUCAAUUAAAUCAGUUUUGUAUAGUUGAUGGAAAUGAUUUGGUCCCACACAAGCCAAAUUAAAUGCUACUUAUUCGCUUUUAAAUUUGUAUGAUGCAUGUACUCGACGUUUAAUGUCGUUGUAAUUGAGAGUGUGAUGUAUAGUAUUAUGUAUGAAUUAACACAAGAUGAUCAAAAUACUCAUUUUUAGACAUAUCUCUGCAUAGAUGUAUCUACGACCCACUGUCACAGGCCCAUGUAGUGCAUGAUCUUCUUGAACUCAUAAUUAAUCUGUCAAACAUUCAAAUAUAAAUGACCCACUGUUCUAUUCCAGGCUAUGUUAAAGGAAAAUCAACUAUUAUGUCGUGGUUUCUGUGAUGACACCAGGUGUAAACGAACAGGAAGUGUGUUUUACUCAAAUAACCCUGUCCAUAUCCAAUAGAAAUGUCUGCAUAAAGCAGAGUCGAUUUUGAAUUCCGACAAUAUCACGAUCAUGUGUUUAUGAAUCACUAUCAAACAGUAAUGAGUUCAGGUGUUCGCGAAAAAGUGAGCGUAUCCUGCCCCAUCGGUGUCACAAACACAUGCAAAGGCAAGUCAAUUGUUCACCUGAAGAAACACGGUAACAUAUGAUACAAGUCAAAAUAGGGACAUCGUACAUAUACGUCAAUGACAGACACGUUACCGUAGAUGUAUCAAAUACUCUGGUACUAUACUUAAUAGCCAGUCUGGAUCACUGAAAAUCACUGAUGACGCUAGGUGUUCGCGAAAGGGUCACCAUGUCCUACAGGUUCAAGAUAACUGUCUCAAUAGCCUCAACGGUUCAUUCUCAAGACUAAUUCGACACAGCUGGAAUGUAUAUCACCAUAUUCCUUAAUAUUGGAAAAACAAUGAUUUAAGGUGUAAUAUUAUUAAUCUCAUUAUAAUUUCGACACUGUUGGUAGGUUUUGGAGAAUGUGAAUCUUAUAUUUGUAGACAUUACCCCGUAGCUGUCUAACAGUGUUAUAUUAUACUGGGCGACGUACGUUUGACGUACGUUUGACGUACGUUUCUUCGUGUGUGUCUUUUUAUCUCAGUUUGAUACUUAUUUAAACAGAAAUACGAUGAAACAGUGCGUGUAUUUGUCUCAGCUGCGUUUUACAAUAUACUGUUCACAAAUGUUCGUUAUUGCAUAUUUUGUAACCAAAAAACCGUUUGCCUUAAACAUGUGGUUUUUGAUGCGGUCCAUUGUAAAUAUUCCUGGAGUUAUUGUCUGACAACAUGAUCAAAUGCUACCAGAGUUGUGCCUGAUUAUAUUUUCAUUUCAAUAUAUCUACUUUGUAAUACUU